AUGGGAUCACUAUAUGCAAAUACCAUCUACAUAGCAUAUUCGUAUCGGAAGGCUGGAAUUACAUCACUUGACAAUGAACUGAAAACCUUGAGCAGCUUUUCGAAGGAUCUGAGAGGGAAGAAGGCAAUACUUUGCAAACAGAACUUGGCAGUGGUUAAAAAUGUUCUUAGGGAGCUACAAUCUAUUUUUGAAUUCUUUUUUGCCAAAGAAAUCACAGAGGAAAGGAUGAGAGAAUCAGUAUUCCUGCUGCUUUUAAAGAUUCUGCUUUUCAAGGCAGAGUUUUUUCUUUUAGAGAUGCUGAAUGGUAAUUCAAAUUUGCACUCGCUCGCAAAAGAGCGAAUUGAAUCUAUUCAUGAGGAGCUGAAGUUGCACAUGGUAUUUGUUGCAUAUCAAUCAGAGGAGAAUUCAGACUAUAUGGAGCCCAUCUUAAAAAACACUGAAGCCAUGGCUAGAAGGAUAAUAUAUCUCUAUCACACAGUUAUAACCAACAACAUUACCGAGGAGUUGAUCAAAAGAGUGGACCUUAUGCUUUCAGAGUUGUUAGAUCAGAAUAAACUCAACAAGGUAAAGCUGAGAAAGCUUUAUUCCCAAGUUCAAGAAUCACAUUUCCCCAAGACUAACGGAUUGGGGUGUAUUGAUUUUCUCUUGACAAACCUUACGAUGCUGCAAAUCCAUAAAUCUAAGUCAGUUGCAGCAGUGAAGAAUCAAAUUGAAAGAAUCCAGAGGGAUAUAGAGUUCUUGAGAUCUUUCUCAAUGGUGGCAUACAAGGUGGAAUACGUCAUUGAUUCAAUCGAGGUUGGCAUUGGUGAUCGCUUGCAACAUCUGUCAUGGCUUGACUCUCUCUUAGGAGAGAUUGGGCAUAUUAAGAUGGAGGCAGCCAAAAGUUACUGGGAGAAGACUUGGGUUGACAUACCCCAUAAUGUCACCAGAAGUUCAAGCCAUAUGAUAUCACAAGUCAGUGCCCCAGAACUUGAUGAAGUGGUUGUAAGUCUCAAUGAUCAGGAAGAAGUGAUAAUUGAUCGACUUAUAAAAGGUUCCUUGCAACAAGAUAUGGUUUCUCUUGUGGGUAUGCCAGGAAUAGGUAAGACAACUUUGGCCAAGAAGUUAUACAAUGAUUCUAGAGUUACUUAUCACUUCCACAUUCGUGCAUGGUGUUGUAUCUCACAAGUAUAUAGUAAAAGGCAGGUGUUGCUUGACAUAUUAAGCAACAUUUGCGGGCUUACUGACCACAUUCAUCAAAUGGCGGAUGAAGAUUUAGAUCAAGAGUUGUAUCAGCAAUUAAAAGGAAGAAGGUAUCUCAUAGUUAUGGAAGACAUGUGGAGUGUAGGGCCAUGGGAUGACUUGGAAAGAUCAUUCCCUGAUGAUAAAAAUGGUAGCAGAAUUCUAAUAACAAGUCGUAUCCAGAAUGUGGCCUUGAAAGCUAAACCUAAUAGUGAUCCUUUUCUUCUUCGUCUCCUCACUGAUGAUGAAAGUUGGAGCUUACUACAACUGAAGAUAUUUCAUGAAAAAGGUUGUCCAACAGAAUUGCUAGGAGUUGGAAAGGAAAUUGCUCAACAAUGUAAAGGACUACCUCUUUCUGUGGUUGCAGUAUCUGGUCUCCUUGAAAGGAUGGAAAAGAAACCAGACUUGUGGAAACAAAUUGUUGGAAGUUUGGGCAGAAGGUUAAUAAAUGAUCCAGAAACCCGGUGCAAGGAUAUCCUAGAGCUGAGUUAUGAGCAGUUGCCAUACAAUUUGAAACUUCCUUUAUUUCGGAGCAUUCCUGGAGGACAAAGAUAUCUCUGUGCGCAAGUUGAUACGGUUGUGGAUUUCUGA